UAGCAGUAAGACUUUUGAAGCUUAUACUCUUUAUACAAAACACCUCCAAGUUUUUGCACUUUAAUUUUGAAAACAGUUUCAAUUUGAUUGUGUUUGUUAUAAGCUAAUAAGUUAUAAAUAAUUUUUUUCUGAUUAACUCUCAAGUUUUGACUUGGCUUCUUCAUACAGAGCUUACUACUUUGCCGGACGUUGCUUGCAGCACCCAAAGCAAUGGCAACUUCCGGCGAAAUGGAAAACAGUGAAUCUGACGACGAAAACUUUACAGAUGAUUUUUUUGCUCCGAAAAUUAUUUGUUCUAACUGUUCGCUCGACUUAUCUGGAUACGGCACCAAAUUCGUUUGCAACACUUGUGGUUCAAAACGAGAAACUUCAAGUCAUGUAAAGUCAAGCAGUCCGGUUUCCGGGAACUACUACUGCCUGGAUUGUAUUGCCAAACAUAUUCGAGAUCAAGACAACGUGACAGACCAAAACAGAUUGCCAGUCGAUGUUUGCGAAAAACACAAAAGAGUGAAAUACUUCCUGUGUUAUACUUGCGAUCAAAUGAUGUUCUGCAACACCUGUGCUUUCAUAGAUCACAGAACACACGAUAUUGUUGACCUAAUUGAAAACCAGGAAAGACUGGUUUCGACAAAACGCAAGCUGCAUGAAAUUUUGGAAAACCUUGAUAUUUCGUACAAACAAUCCGCUCGUUUCCUGGGUUCUUCCAAAGAAGUUGAAGAGAGCUUCAAUUCCAUGAUUGACCCAUACAACGACAAUAUAGUUGAAAUCACCAAAGACAUAAUUUUGGAAGCCUUAGAUUUGGCUGAAAAAGAAACAAACGAGGUAAAAUAUUUGUUUGAAAAUCAAAAAACUGAGCUGUGUGAGCAAACAAAACAUUUCGAGCGUGUUCUCAAAGACCUUGGUGAUUCACAAAGUAUAGUUAGAGACUCUCUGAGCGCAUCGUCUUUACAGUUUGGAAACCUUCUUUCGGAUGGAAAAGUCGAAAAACUUGAAGAGAAGCUCUCCGAAGGCUUAAGAUUAACGUUAGCUUUUAUUAAACAGAGAGACAUUUCAACCUACCAUCAUGAAAUUCAGCAAGCGCGUGAUAACCUAAGAAAAGAUGUCUUAGAACUUCUGCGUCAAUUUUUGAAGAGUUUUAUGUUCAAGCAGAUAAGCAAAUUUGAGAUAAGUCUGAAUAGCUCUUCUAGCGGAUUCAAAGAAUUCCCGUGGCAUAGAGGGAGUCUGGAAAAUUCUCAAGUCACGUCAACUCAAUAUGAGUUCUGCCUAGCUGUGUUGAAAGACGGAGAGUUUAAGCUGUAUAGUUAUGAGAACAUUGCAGCCGCAGAAAUGGCAAAAUCUAAAACAGGCGCUUCGUCACAGUUUUUUAAAUUUAUCCCAGGAGAACACAAUAUUGUUCAUUUCACCAGCAAAAAAUCAUUUGUCGCAGAAAAAUUCUCCCAAAAAAACGCAUUAGCUACUUGUAGCUCCGAGGAAGUAGUAGCUCACUAUUAUCUUUAUAAUCCGCUACCGUUUAUCAUCUUUUGUCGUUACUCAAAUGGGAAUUGGAUCACAAAUUACGAAACCCUUUCGAAUAAUCCCCAUGAUUUUCAAUUGUGUGACUCAAAACUUUAUCCUGAAAAACCGUACUCUUUCGCGUUGCAACAGGACUGCUUUGAAACUAUGAUUUCGGUAGUUAUAGCAUGUAUCUCAAAAGAUUCGCUAUACUUGUACUCAAUUCAAAGAAUCGAGGAAUUUGAUUUCGGAAAGCGCCCAAUUAAUUGCAAGAAAAUGAAAAGUAAUGAGCACAAAGGCAAAUUCGGAUGUGGAUUUCUUCCAUUCUGCUAUAGAGAACGUUGCAUUCGUCUCAUAAACUGGUGUCUAGAAUGUCAGAUACUAGAGGUACUGAAAAUCGCAACUGAAGAAAAGCAGAACGCUCUACCGGGUCAAUCUCUAAGUCACGUGGACACUGAAAUUGUCCUUCAAUUCAACUUUGCUCCAGGAAUUCGAAGCAUAACAACAUUCAAAGCAGGUCUCAUAAUUAUGACAAAAGACUGGAAAUUGUAUACAUGCGAUGAUAUUCUCAGCACAAAGAUGGGAUACAUGUACCAAACAAAAAAAUGAAAAAGAAGUAGAUGUCCCUUUUUUACCCUUCCUGUUUUUUUUAUGAUUCAACUAACCCACAAGUUUUCUUUUUUAUAUUUUUUUCUUUCAGCUUGCUAAUCUUUACAAAUCCAAAUAAAUCAAAAUGUAAAUGAAUCAAAAGUGUUUUUUUUUUGUAAA